CACAACUCCUUCUCCUCCCCCCUAACAACACUAGUUUCACUUUCUAUUAUCAAUUCCAGAAUGGCGUCUGUGUGUCUGAGAGAGGAGCUGAGCUGCUCCAUCUGCCUGAGCCUUUAUACAGUCCCUAUGUCCCUGAGAUGUGGGCACAACUUCUGCCGGGACUGUAUUGUGAGGGUGCUGGAUACACAGGAGGAGGCUGGGGGCUAUUCCUGUCCGGAAUGCAGGGCAGAGUAUCAGGAACGCCCAGUACUGGAGAAGAACAGGAAGCUGAGUAACAUUGUGGAAAGUUUCCUAUGUAAUCAGCCAGAGCCAGAGAUCACCCAGAUCUUCUGUACUUACUGCGUGCAAGCUCCUGUACCGGCUGUGAAGCAGUGUCUGCAGUGUGAGAUGUCCCUGUGUGAGGGCCACCUGAGUGUACACAACAAGUCAGUAGAUCACGUUUUAAUUGACCCAACAUCAUCACUGACCAACAGGAAAUGUCAAAUCCACAAGAAACUCUUUGCAUACCAUUGCUGUGAGGAUGCUGCUUGUGUCUGUGUCUCCUGCUUUGCAAUAGGAUCACACAAAGGACACCAGGUGGAGUCACUGGAUGAGGCCAUGAAGACCAAGCAGGAGAAGCUGAAAAACCUACUGGAGAAACUGACCACAAACAGAGCAGAGGCUGAGGAACAUGUGCAGAGUCUACAGGAUCGCAGGACAGAGAUAGAGGAGAAAGCUGCUGUUGUCACAGGGAAGGUCACUGACUUGUUUAUGGACAUCAGGAGGAAGUUAGACCUCCUAGAGGGGAGAGUCCUGAGUGAGGUCUCCAGGCAGACUGAGAGGGUUUCUCUGCAAAUCUCUGAUCUGAUCCGGCAGCUGGAGGAACAGAAGGAUGAGCUGUCCAGGAGGAUGGGUCACAUUGAGGAGCUGUGUAACGCUACUGACCCACUGACUGUCUUACAGGACCGAGAAUCAGACUCUAAUGAGAAGGAAAGUGACACAGAAAGUGAUGCCACAAUGACUUAUCCUGUGGAUGAUCUGGACGAGUGUUUGAUCUCAGUGACAUUACACUCGGGAUUAUCUAAUAUUCUGACUGCUGCAAAGAGAGCGUCCUGUAUACCUGAGACUGCAAAUAUGUUACUUGAUAUAAACACAGCUUCUCGUUACAUCUCUGUAUCAGGGGAUUUAAAAUCUGCAUCCUUAUCCAAUGUAGACCUAAAAUACCCACAGAGUAAAAUGAGGUUUACAUAUUAUCGUGUGGUCCUCAGCAGCACAAGUUUUGGCUCAGGACAACAUUGCUGGGAAGUGGGAGUCAGCACAUCAAAGUAUUGGGGGGUUGGAGUGGCUUAUUCUAGUAUGGAAAGGAAAGGAGAGCCGUCAUGCAUUGGAUACAAUAGCAAGUCCUGGUGUUUGUGUACAUUGGAUAAUGGUUACUCAGUGAUGCACAAUUCUGUGUGCACUAAUCUGCAGCUUGAGUCUCCUGUGCAGACAGUGUGGAUAUACCUGGACUAUGAGGCCGGGCGUCUGUCCUUCUAUCAGCUGUGUGACCCCAUCAGACACUUACACACCUUCUCCGCCACCUUCACUGAGCCCCUAUAUGCUGCCUUUACGGUAUCCGGUGCUGGCUGGGUCAGGAUUAUCAGCUAGAUAUAUACAUGUAAUGCAUAGUUGCCUACCCUCCCUCAUUCUGCAGGAGACUCCCUGAAAUAGCAGCAAUCUCCCUCACUCCCUGAAAAGUCCAUCAAUCUCCCUCAUUCCUGGGGGAAAAAUAAAUCAGAGAUACAUACAUUUAAAUGGGAUCCUUAGUGCCAUUUCCCUGCAUUGGUUAUAAGGCACAAUGAUCCCUAUGGCCACUUACAAUAUAUGGAACCUCUUGUAAGACACAAUACACAAACAAAUCCUGCAAAAUAUCAGAGUCUUUUCUUCAACAAAUAGAUCUUACUAACUUUGGGGCUCAUUUAUAUUUGAAUGUAAAUCAUUUUCAUGACACGCCUCCCCGAUGUAGUAGUAUGCGCCCGCUCUGAUAGGUGUUACUUUCACAAUCUCCCUGAAAUGCUUUUUCAAAAGUAGGCAAGUAUGAUGUAAUGGGUUCAGUAUGAUUUACAGACGGAUACAAUACAGACAGUCAUAAUCCCAACAGCCAUUGACCUACAGGCACAAUUCCGACAUGGCCAAAAUACCGACAUUCAUUAUGCCGACAUGUCAAAAUACCAACAUGAGUUUUUCUGGGGGUUUUUUUGUGUGUCUAUGUUGACAUAGGUCGACAUGGACAACGUGUAAGUGUACCGCGUCCCCUCGCAUGGCUUGCUGUGCAAGCCAUGCUUUGGGCGCGGUGCUUCGCUGUGCUCGGAAUACUAUUAUAUCCCCCUCCAGGUCACUGGGAUGGUAGAGUAUCAACAAGUCUGUUUUUGGGCAAAAAUUCUUUAAAAACGCAUGUCGGUAUUGGGACAUGUAGCCAUUUCAAAUGUCGAUAUUAUGACUAUGUCGGCAUUUUGAACAUGUCUCUGUGUAUUAUAGCCUAAGCAGAGAGCACAGAAUAGCUGUGUCAUAUACAGGGGCAAUGGAUAAAGCACCUCUGCCUCAUGACACCUGGCUCAGGAGGAGACGGGCAAUGAGUUCAGUAAAAGUCGCAGGAGGGUGAGUAGGAUCCUAUGAACUAAGGCCCUCAUUCCGAGUUGAUCGGUCGCAAGGCGAUUUUAGCAGAGUUACACACGCUAAGCCUACGCCUACUGGGAGUGUAUCUUAGCUUCUUAAAAGUGCGACCGAAGUAUGCGCAAUAUUGCGAUCACAAACCUCGUAGCAGUUUUAGAGUAGCUCCACACUUACUCUGCCUGUGCGAUCAGUUCAGUGCUUGUCGUUCCUGGUUGACGUCACAAACACACCCAGCGUUCGCCCAGGCACUCCCACCGUUUCUCCGGCCACUCCUGCGUUUUUUCCGGAAACGGUAGCGUUUUCAGCCACACGCCCCUAAAACGCCGUGUUUCCGCCCAGUAACACCCAUUUCCUGUCAAUCACACUACGAUCGCCGGAGCGAUGAAAAAGUCGUGAGUAAAAAUACUAUCUUCAUUGCAAAGAUACUUGGCGCAGUCGCAGUGCGAAUAUUGCGCAUGCGCACUAAGCGGAAUUUCACUGCGAUGCGAUGAAAAAUACAGAGCGAACAACUCGGAAUGAGGGCCUAAAUGCAUGUGAAGGUGGCCUCUAUGACUGAGAUUUCCCAGCACUGCCUGUAUAUAAGGUUGGAAUGUAUAUGUGACAUGUAUAUACAGGAAUACACUGUUACCCCUGAUGAUUCUGCACUUGGUGCUAUGGAGGAAAUAUAAAUGGAGACAAUUACAUAUUA